GGUGGGGCGCCCCGGGCCGGCCGAUAGCCGAGAGUCCGGCGGAUCGCGUGGCUUAAAGCGAGCGGCGCGAUGCUGUGCGCCCGGCCGGGCCGUGCGUGCGAGCUCAGCUCUGCGGUUGUAGCGUAACGCCGUCGUUCCGUAUCGGAAUGAGUUAUCCGUCCUGCUGCUUCAAACCCCUUGUUAAAAUCACCCUUUCGUACAAGGGAUUUGCGUGUGUCGGUAGUGCCGUUCGCACUCGCAAAACAGAAGUUUUGAAGCGUGUUCUUACACGGUGCAAGGAAGUAAUAAGUGAAAUGUUCACACCUCUGACGUUCCCCACCUGUACAAGCGAGCCCGCAGCACGCGCGGCUCUGUCACCCCAUCACCUCCCAAACCCAACAGCGCUGUCUCUGCCCAGGAUGCCUGUAGGAGCCAUGCCGGCAACGACAGAACCGUUCGGGUUCUGAAGUGCGAUUGCCAUGGCACCAGCACCUCUGUGAUGCGGGCAGCGGUGCCCACCAGACGACAGCGGGCACAGCGCUAUCGGGAUCACCCCGUGCCUGGGUCCCUCAGCCCCGUUCCUUACAGAAGGCGCCGGGAUUCUGAUACCAUAGCAGAAAGGAGUGCCCUAAGAGAGCAUGUGUAUCCUAAGCUGAGAGAAUUCUGCAGGGAAAACUAUGGGCUGGAAUUUCAGGUUAUAGAUUUAUACUGGGGAGUCAAGGCAGAUGAAUGGGACAGUCCUGAGCUGCAGAAGACUCGCAUGAAGCUGUUAGAAGAUUGCUUGAAAAGUUCUGCAGGUCCAUGUUUUGUUGGCCUGCUGGGAGAGAAGUAUGGGAACAUUCGCAUCCCAGGGGAAGUGGAGUCAGCUGAAUUUGAAAUGAUCCUGGAUGCUGCCUUGGAGGCCAAGCUAGAGACCAGAAUUAUAGAAGAGUGGUACUGCAGAGAUGAGAACGCAGUGCCACCAGCAUAUUACCUCAGGCCAAAAUCUGAAAUGCUGAAGAGCUACCAGAAUACAAUGGAACCUUCUUCAAACUCUAUGAAUGAGAACAAAUGGCAAGAUAUAUCAGAAGAAAUAAAGAAGAUUUUUAAGACUGCUGUGAAGUUGCUGUAUGAAAAAGGAAAAAUGAAACACAGCCAAGCAAAGAGAUAUCUUUCCUCUGCUAUUGAAGAUGAACUUGACUUUGCCUUGGGUAAACAAACACCAGCUUUCCUAAAGAAGUGUGUUUGCUACAUUCGGAAAAUUGCCAACAUUGAGCGUUUUGUUAAAAUUCCAGAGAUGGGAAAAUACAUGGAUGUGGUACAUUCAGCUGGGAAGUUUCUACGAGAUCCCGAAGCUCAUGAGAAACUGAUCAAGCUCAGGGAUGAAUUCAUUCCUACCAUCGUUGCAUCCUCCAAUCUGAGAGUGUACACAUCCGUCACUCACUGUGACAUGAAACUGGGGUACUCCCAAGAAGUGGAGAAUCAUUACAUUGAAGGACUUGGUAAACAGUUCUAUGAAGACAUGAUCGAUAUAAUCCAGGCAACAGUGCAGCAGAAUUUUGACACCGAGACAGACUUGCUGUAUGAUGAAGUUCUUCAGCAUUCAUCACUAUGUAAAACAUACUCCACUUUUUAUGAAUACAGAUGUGAGGCAUUAAACAUAGUUCACAAGUAUGUUCUACCUAGCAAAAUAGGACACAUUAACCCUCUUGUCAUAUACGGAGGACCAUGCACAGGGAAAACUCUUUUAUUAGCCGAAGUGGCAAAGAAGGCCUAUUCCUGGCUGCAAGAAGAGAUGGGACCUGAUUCUGACCCUGUGGUAAUUAUAAGAUUUUUGGGAUCCACUGAAACAAGCAUAGAUCUGAAGAAUAUACUUCAAAGCAUUUGUGAACAAUUAGCAGUCAAUUAUCGUUGCCUCGUGCAAAGUUACCCAAAAAAGAUUCAUGACCUCCGGGAUUUGUUCAUAAAUCUCUUGAAUGAGUCUUCAUUCCACAGGCCACUGGUGAUAAUAUUCGAUGCCCUAGAACAGCUAACAGAUAAUGAUGAUGCUAGGAAGCUUUGGUGGCUUCCCAUUCACCUUCCCCGUUCUGUACGGAUAAUUUUGUCAACACUGCCAAACAAAUAUGGGAUCCUGCAAAAACUGAGGUGCCUUAUUCAUGAAGAAGACAACUACAUUGAAUUGAUUGCAAGAGACAGAAAGAUGUGUAGCCAAGUACUGAAACAUCAACUGCUGCGAGUUAAAAGAAAAGUAACAUCAGGGCAACAAAUCUAUGUUAAUGAAGCAUUCUCCAAAUGCACACUGCCUAUGUUUGUGAACUUAACCUUCAGAGAGGUCAAGAACUGGAGAUCUCACAAAGACGUGGAUGAGUCUUCCCUCUGUGUCACUGUACAUGAAAGCAUAGAACAGCUGUUUUGGUCACUGGAAAGUAAAUGUGGAUCACGGCUACUGUCAAGAGCACUUGGCUACAUCACUAUGUCCAAAUCUGGCCUGAGUGAAAUGGAACUGGAAGAUAUUUUGGCCCUUGACAACAGUGUUAUGUAUGAAGUAAGGGAGAGUAUCCCAGGAAGUAAUACCCUGAGAAUUCCGUAUGUAUACAUUGCAAGGCUUAAGGAGGGUUUGCAGGGAUACUUAAUAGAGCGACAAGUGAAAAAUGUUACCCUUCUUCUUUGGGCAAACAGACACUUGCACCUAAUUGCACAGAAAUUGUAUCUGAACAAUGAAGAAGACUUGCAGGAAAUGCACACAGUCAUGGCGGAAUAUUUUCUUGGUGUUUGGUCAGGUGGACGAAGAAAACCUUUUUACAGCAAUGACCAAUAUUUGAACAGUUGCCCUGACCGUGAUAGCAGAGGCCUGAAUGAGGAAGAAAAGCACUGCAUGGAUCAGAUUGCUUUUGACAGGCAGGCACCUGAUCAGCCGUGGGUUUUUCAGUGUAAUCCCUUAGAGCCUGACAUCUUUUUUAUCAAUCACAGAAAAAUGACAGAGCUUAUUCAUCACUUGACAAGAUGUGGAAGAACAGAUGAUAUGCUGUAUGGAGUCAUUAUGAACUUCAGCUGGCUGUACACCAUGAUUAGAAUAGGGCAGUUUGAUAAAGCACUUUCUGACAUAGAACUGGCUUACACCUACUCACAGGAAAAAGAACUGAAAUUUCUGGCCAGUACCCUACGCAGUAUCAAGUUCAAAGUAGUAAAAUACCCAGGCUCACUCUCUGCUGAGUUGCAGCAGAGGCUUCUGCCAGUAGUAAGUUCACUGCCUAAACUCAGACAUCUCCUCUUAGAAUGCGACAAGGAUGGGCCCAAGUACUGCUCUAUCGUCCCCUUGCAUUCUUCCAUGGAUGUAACUUACAGCCCUGAGCGCCUGCCACUGUCAUCCAGCUGCAUGCAUGUCACUGAAAUUCUGCCUACUUUUAAUCCCAGUACAAUCAUCGCUGCUUUGGAAAAUGGCUCCAUCAGCACUUGGGAUGUAGAGACUCGCCAGCUACUGAGGCAGAUUACAACCUCUCCAUCUGUUAUCAUAGGGAUGAAACUUACUAGUGAUGAGAGGUAUCUUGUAGUGGCUACAACAAACAACACUCUUUUGAUAUAUGAUAAUAUAAAUUCCUGUCUUUUGUCUGAAAUGGAAAUUAAAGGGUCAAAACAUUGUGGAUUAGGGGGGGCUUCCAGUUUUAUAAAUGGGUUUACAUUAUCAGUCAACCAUGCACUUGCAUGGCUGGAAGCCAGCAAAGAUGUCACUGUAAUAGACCUUCUUUAUGGCUGGCCUCUCUAUCACUUCCACUGCUGGUACGAGGUAACCUGUGUGCAGUGUUCUCCAGAUGGAGUUUAUGCCUUCUGUGGACAGUAUUUGAACACAACAACCAUUUUUCACUUAGGCAGUGGAGAAAAGCUGGCCACUGUGACCUCUGAAUUUUCUAGUGGAUUUGUGAAAUUCCUUCUCAUUCUGGACAAGGCCCAAGAAAUGGUGAUGGUGGACAGUGAAGGCAGCCUCUCUGUUUGGAAUACAGAGGAGAUCACAAAUCCCCAGCUUACAGAUGACUUUGACUGCAGGAGAGAUGACAGUGAAGUUGUCAGCAUAGAGCUUUCUGAAGACCAAAGUGCAAUUUUAAUUUGUAAGGCUCUCAGCAUUGAGCUUCUUGACACUCAUGUGUGGAAGGUAGCUGAAAAGUUCAGAGCUAAACACAACGAGCGCUUUAUAUCUGCUGUGUUGUCCAAAAAUGGCAACUGUAUAAUUGCUUCAAUGGAAAAUACCUCAGCCAUUUUUGUUUGGAGAAGAGACACAGGACAGUGUAUGGCAAGCUUACAGGAAAUCUCAGGAACUAUAGUCAGGCUAAUUAAAUCAAAUCAUCAUAACAUGCUGCUAUCUUUAUCUACCAGUGGUGUCCUUUCUAUCUGGGAUAUAGACAUCAUAACUGCUAUGUCCAAUAUUGACAAAUCUGGCAAACCUAUCCAAAGACUGGUGUUGCCAGCCAGAGGUGAAUUAAUAUACACAUUGGAUGGAUCAGAUUCUGUCCACAAGUGGAACUUCAGCACUGGAUAUAUUGAAGCUAUAUUCAAGCACGAAGGUAUUGUUGAAAACUGUGUGCUGACCUCUUCUGGAGAAAUAAUGAUUACAUCAGAUGAUAAAUGCAGCCAGUAUGUAUGGCACACUGUUAGUGGCGAAAACAUCUUUCGCAUUAAUGGGCAAAAAAUCUCUGAGCUAAUGAUAACUCAUAAUGAUCAGUUUGUAGUCUCCCUCUGUGAGCAAAAUGCAUCCAGAGUUUGGCGACUGGCCACAGGACAUAGGGUUUGCAAUAUUUUAGUUGCCUUACAGAAUGCAUUUAUAACAACCGCAAAUACAUUUGUGGUCGGAAUGGCAAAGAAUAAAGUGUUGGCAGUGAGUCUCUGGACAGGCAGUAUAACCAAGAAGUUUUGCUGUGAUGACGGUGCAAGCAUUGUAGAUGUCAAACUGAUACCGGACUGCCCAGAUAUUAUAGUAUUUAUAACAUCUACUGAAACUGUGAACAUCUGGAGCUUAACAGAGGAAGUCAUCUGCAGACGUGUACAACUGCCUACCAAUUUCUUGAAAAAUCUGGAAGACUUUGAAAUGUCCCCAAACGGCAAGCUAGGAAUUAUAACCCGUGGUGAUGAGAACAUCAAUGUGCUUGAUCUACACAGUGGAAAACUUCGUGUAGUUCACGCUCCAGGUGUUAUCUGGCGGCAAAGGCUGUCUCGUGAUGGCCGCUAUCUUGUGUACAUCUGUUUUCUCAAUGAAGAUGAUGACAAUGGUGCAAUCUCUAGUUUAAUUGUAAUGAGGCUAGCGGACGGCAAAAACAUUGGUGCCUGUUCUCUUUAUAAGACUCCCACUUUCCUUACACUCUCACAGAGACAUUUAAAUAUUAUUAUUGGAUUUGAUGACGGAAGUAUAGGCACUUACACUGUAGUGGAUCGAGUCGACGCAGCACUGAAAAUCAAAAUUGCUACUUCAAACAGCCGUCAGAUUUUCAACAACACGACACAAGUGAUUAGACCAAAAUGUCACAAUUAUAGCUUCAAAGUGACUGCAGACUGCAUAUGGAGGGAAUCAACUGAAGUGUUUGCCAGGGAUAGCCCCAUUACAGUUAUAGAGCCUGAGGUGAGUGAAGCAACACCAACCAAAAAACACAACUAUUGCUAUGAAAGGGUGUGCUCAGCCAUAGACUGCAGAGGACACAGUUUUGCUUCUGACAACUGAGAAUCUGUCCGGACUAGUUUACCUGAGUAAUAGUAUACAUACAUAGAUUUGUCUUCUGAAUUCAAGUAAAAAUCAGUGCAUUUCUUGGAAGACAUUAACAGCAGAGGGCAGACCAGCUAUUUCUUCCUUUACAGAUAUUCUUAUAUUUACAUACACAAACACACACACACACACAAAAAAAAGGGGGAGGGGGGGGUUGGGAGGGAACAUGAAGCAAAUAUUUAAGCAACGGGCUGCAGGGUUUUUUUUAAUUAUGGAAUACAAGGUUCAGUCCAAGAUUUCACCAGGGCCUUGAUUAACAAUUUCUAGCAAUACUUUGAAAAUUGUUAUGCUAUUACAAAUGUUCACUGAUCUUAUCUGCAACUGACAAACAGCUUUGACUAGAGCUAAAGUUCCAUGUGAUCAGAAAGAAGAGGCAGACCACUGUUUAUAAACUAAGUCGCCUAUAAGUGGUCAGAGCUGAAUCUAUAGCUAACAGCCAACUUUAUAUCCACUUGCAAAAACGUAUUUUUCUUGCUUGAUGGUGCAAUGACAAGAUGUCACCUGCCAACCUGGAACACUUGAUACAUUCCAUCAUCAUUUUAAAAAUAUUUUUUAAUUUCUUUUAAUUGGGAUUGAUUUGGGGUUGAAAGGCAUAGGUACCAGUCAGCUGCAAAUGUGACAAUAUGUGAGGUGAUAGACACUUGUUCACCUCAGUGAAAGGACUAAUAGAUUUCUUUUUUUAACUGCAUGCAGAGAUUUCAGGUUUCUGUAUUGUGAUAUAUAUUAAAAAAAAAAAAAAAAGUUAUUAAACAUAGAUCAUAAAAGGAAUAUAGAGUUGGGUCUUCGUUUUUGGUUUGAGGAAGUUAUAUGUCUUCAUAGUGUGUGUUAGUCAUUAAAACUAACUUUUUCAAAGACAAAGGGCAUUGCAGAUAAACAAUUGAACAUAUGAAUAUGUUAAAAGAUGGCUGCCUGUUUUGAUGUAAGAAAGUCUAAAGUAUCUCCUGUGUUCCCAAAGUACUCUUGACAGAAAGUUUUCAGACAUGCCAUGUUUUAAUCUUAAAAACAUUUGCCUUACUAUCAUUUCUGUUCUUUCCCAUGUUAAAUACAGAUCAGAUGACCAAACACUCUGGGACCGCUUGUAUAUGUGCUAAUUCUCCACUAAAUGCAAAUGCUGCCCAAAGGUUCUUUAUUGUUCCAAUUUGUAAUGUUUUUUUCUUACCUACAAGCUUCACUUUCCGCUUUAGAACCGUUCCGAGCCUUUUGUACAGUUUUAUCAGUUUCAAGGCAGAAAUUGUGAAAUAACAACAAAUGCUUAAAAAAAAUAAUUCUGUUUCAUCCAAGUGAAAGAAAUGCUGGACAUCAUCUCAACACAUAGGAAGACAUCUCCCUCCUUACGUACCUUAAAGAUGGCACAUCCAAGGAAAAUUUUUCACAUGGUUCAAGCAAAACAGUUUCAUUUUUAAAAUGAGAACUUCAUGCCACAGAUUUCCAAGAAAUGAAUGCUAAGCUGGAACUUAAUGUAGUGUGUGAAUGUUCUAUGUACAAGCCAAUAUAGUAUAUUAAGUGACUUGAAUGAUUUUUCCUAACUUGUUUGCAACUAAUAGAUCAUAUUGAAUGUUUUUAUGUAAACUUUGUAUUGUUGGGAAAAACCUACUGAAUCAGAGAUUUAUAUUUUCAUAAAUGUCAAAUUUAGUUAAAUUUUGUUACAGAGUUGUUAAAUUAGAAAUCUAUUGCAGUCUUCAAACAAUAUACAGUCUUGUGUAUGCAUUGUUUGUACUAAUAAACUAAGGACACAGA